GCGUCUCUGUCCACGGGAUGACGUCAGCGGACGGUUGAUCAGCUGGGCGAACAAAUGGAACCAAAAUAAGACGGUUUUAUCUGUUAAAAGUCGUUUUUCUUCGACCGACAGUUGAUGAUAUUCAGGUUGGACACUGUUGACAUGCUCUAUUUUGACCGUCAUAAUGGACAAGAUUUUGGAGGGCCUUGUGAGCUCCGAUCACUCUGUUCUAGUGAAGAGGGCCAUUGUGAAGAAGGUAGUGGAAGCAGCAGAGAAAGAGGUGACCGAGGAGCAGUGUCGGGCGCUGUUUACUCUCACCACCCGCCUCAUCUUGCUUGGUGAAGAUGCCUUCCAGAAGCAGAUUGGCUUCCAGGUUUUGGAAGCCUAUGCGCGUUACCACCGCCCAGAGUUUGAGAAUUUCUUCAGUAAAGACUUUGUCCUCGGUCUUCUCCAGCAGGGCUAUGGCCCGCUGAGCAACAGAGACCCAAUCAUAAUAGAACACAUCCACUGCUGUCUGCGGCUGCUCAUCAGCUGCCCGUCGGUGCUGGAGAUCUUCAGCAUGAUCCAGGUGGAGGUCUUAAGGAUGGUUUGUGAGCGUCCGGAGCCAACUGUUUGUGCCCGCCUGAGCACCAUGCUGUCGGACUUUGUGCAGUGCAUCCCGAGGGAUAAGUCAGGCGUUCUGUUUUGCCAGCAGCUGGUCAGGACCAUCAGUUACUUCCACUGCUUCUCCAGCCAAGAGCGAGAGCUGAGAGAGUAUGUGGGUCAGGUGACUAAGGUCAGCACGCUGCUGCAGAACAUCUGGAAGGCUGACCCCGCCACACUGCUUCCCUCACUGCAGGAAGUCUUUUCCAUUAUCUCGUCCACAGACCCUUCCUUUGAGCCAGCCAUCGCCCUCGCCAGCCUGGUCCAGCACAUCCCGGUCCAGAUGAUCACGGUGCUCAUCAAGAGCCUCACCACAGACCAGAAUGUCAAAGACGCGAGCAUGACUAAAGCCCUCUGCAGGAUGAUUGACUGGCUCUCUUGGCCUCUGGCCCAUCACGUUGACACUUGGGUCAUCGCUCUGUUGAAAGGACUCGCUGCAGUUCAGAAGUUCACUAUCCUUAUCGAUGUCACUCUGCUCAAGAUUGAACUGGUAUUCAGUCGUCUGUGGUACCCUAUAGUGCGGCAGGGGGCCUUAACCGUGCUGUCUCAUAUGCUGCUGAGUUUCCAGCACUCUCCUGAGGCCUUCCAUUUGGUUGUUCCACACGUGGUGCAUCUAGUCCAAUCCUUAAGGACAGAUGGUCUCCCCACCAGUAAAGCUUUCCUGGUGCAGUUCACGGAGCUCAUACACUGCAUGAUGUACCAGUACUCCGGCUUCCCUGACCUCUAUGACCACAUACUAGAGGCCAUCAAGGAUCUCCCAAACCCUGGCGAGGAGAAGAUAAAACUGGUGUUGAAUCAAAGUGCCUGGACGUCUCAGUCCAACUCAUUUGUGUCUGGUCUACUGAAGCAAGCUGGGAAGUCUGAGACAGGCAAGACAGGCCUGGUCAACCUGGGGAACACCUGUUUCAUGAACAGCAUCAUCCAGACCCUCUUCAUGGCCACAGAUUUCAGGAGGCACGUUUUAUCAUUACAUCUGAACAGCUCCAACACAGUGAUGAAAAAGCUUCAGUUGCUCUUUGCUUUCCUUGCGCACACACAGAGGGCAGCAUAUGCUCCCAGAAACUUCUUGGAAGUGUCUCGGCCUCCCUGGUUCAACAUGGGCUCUCAGCAGGACUGUUCUGAGUACCUCAGGUUCCUUCUAGACAGGUUACAUGAAGAGGAGAGAACAAUUCAGGUCCUGGAAUCAGCUAAGCCAAAGGUUGCCUCCCCUGUCGACACAAUUAGCAAAGACCCAACAGGUCUGACUUCUCCAGAGGAGGGUGAAGAGUUGCCUUCGGCUCCUGCAGACACCAAACCUGAGAAUGAUGGGAAGACUUUGAUAGAGAGGAUGUUUGGUGGGAAGCUGAUCACAGGCAUUCGCUGUACACAAUGCAACUGCAUCUCUGAGAAAGAAGAGCCUUUCAGUGACCUCCCAUUGGCCUUUUGUCCCUCUGCCACCUCUCUGAAUGGCCCUCAGCCUUUUGGGCCCCAAGAGGAGCCCAAAGUUCUCUGUCAGGGAUCUGUUAAUGGUGGCAGUGAGAUUCUUGAACCAAGCAAAUCCCCGGCUAGCAAUGUCCCUUUUACGCCAGUGACAAAUGAGCCUCCCCUCUCUGUGCCGGACCUGGUGAACUAUUUUUUGGCUCCAGAGACCCUAGAUGAAGACAAUGCCUAUUUCUGUGAGAAGUGUAGCUCCCUCCAGCGGGCAGAGAAGACCUUGAAAGUGGUGUCAGCCCCUGAGUACUUGAUCCUCACUCUGCUGCGAUUCUCUUAUGAUGCUAAAUGCCACGUCCGGAGGAAGAUUCUGGAAAACGUCACCAUCCCAUCUCUCAUGAGACUUCCAGUACAUCCCCCUUCAAUGACACUACCCUCUUCCACCUCCUCUUCUCUGCAAGUGGAUUCUCCUGAGAGCAGUGAGAAUCUGGCCAAGAAACUCAAACCGUCUCAAAGAGAGGAGGAGGAAGAGGGGAAGGAGAGGAUUGAUGGACUAGAGCAGACAAAUGGAGAAGGAGAAAUGCCAGUGUUGUCCGUGCCCUAUGUCCUCAGCUCAGUGGUGAUGCAUUCUGGUAUAUCAUCUGAGAGUGGCCACUACUACUCUUACGGCCGUAACCUCAGUGGAACAGAUGCAACGCAGCACCCAGCCAAUCACUUUGCCCUCCAUGAUAAUUUGGGGAAUGGCCAGGCCGAGUGUGACCUCUCCACUUGCUCAGCUCUCUCAGUUCCAUCCGAACAAGGAGACGCAGUCCCUAACGGUGUCCAGGAAGCGAAGGAUUGGCUGCUGUUCAAUGACAGCAGAGUGACAUUCACCUCCUUCCAAUCAGUGCAAAACAUUACUAAUCGCUUCCCCAAGGACACAGCUUAUGUGCUUAUGUACAGAAAACAGGAGCUACAAGAGCAGAACAUAAAUGGGGGACCCGCAGCAAAUGGAAUGAGAUUGAGUGCUGAGCCUCCCCUGCAGAAAGACCUGCUGGAUGCUAUUAUCAAGGACAACAAGCUGUAUUUACAGGAACAGGAGCUCAAUGCUCGGACCCAGGCUCUGCAGGCCCCUUCAUCGUCCUGUUCAUUCAGGCCCAACGGUUCAGAUGAUAAUAACCCACCAGGGAGCUGCGGCCCAUCUGGUGGAGGAGGAGGAGGAGGAGGAGGGGGUUUCAAUACCAUCAGCAGACUGGUGUUCUGAACCAAAUAAAUGCAGCAGGAAACCCACAUGAACUGACACUAGGGGGGCCCUGUACUCUUGUGCACAUAACCUCGGACAGAGAGCACUGAAAUGAUCUAAGAACAAUCUAAAUCAAGCAUUGAGUAUCUGUGCUGGUUCUGAUCAUAGAUUUGAUUUUGACUUGAAUAGUUUUUACACCACUGUACCAUGGUCAGCAUUUAAUAUUUUAUUUUUAUUUAUUCAGGUUAGGUUUUGGUGAUUUCAUUAUUGUAGUCUUCCAUUGAUAAAAAAAUAGGUAGAAAACACCCAUUGAUUGAAGUGUGUUUUCUCCCUUAAUUUAUAAAAAUUUGCCAGUACAUACAGUUACACUAUAGAAGUACAUUGAUGGAAAUGUACACAUCUAGAACAUACUCUUGAUAUCUGGCUUGUAUUUAUGACAAAGAAUAACACAUCCAAUUGUAAGAGUUUUUUCUGAGCGGUCAGAUUCCUGAACAAACUUUGUUUACUUUUCUGAUUUGCAGGGAGCUAUCAAAUGCUGCAGAGUUUUACUUAAAUAUUUUCUUUCCUGUGUGUUUUGGUGUGUGUUUUAUAGGUUUGAUAUGCCAUGCAAUAAAUGUAAAUACAACCUAAA